AUGUUUGCGCGGUACGCAAUUUUAUUCUUUUAUCAGACAUGCUUGUCUAAUAGCGUUACUCAGAUCUCUCCCAAAGCAAUUGUCUCAGAUGCCUGCGCUUCCUACUCCACCCUCGACACUCUCAACCACGAGCUCAAGCCAUCGCUCAAUGAUAUCACACAAACCACCGACUUCUUCGCAUACUAUCGGCUCAAUUUAUUUGGAAAGGAGUGCCCAUUCUGGAACGAUGAUAGUGGCAUGUGUGGAAAUAUUGCUUGCGCCGUAAACACUCUAGACAAUGAAGAGGAUAUACCCGAAAUAUGGAGGGCGGAAGAACUGGGCAAGUUGGAAGGCCCUAAAGCAGGGCACCCCGGCAAAAAGUUACAAGAGGAACGUGGGCCAGUGAGGCCACUUCAAGGAAUGCUGGGUGAGGAUGUUGGAGAGAGUUGUGUUGUAGAAUAUGACGACGAAUGCGACGAGCGGGAUUACUGUGUUCCGGAGGAUGAAAGUGCUGGCUCAAAGGGAGACUAUGUGAGCUUGGUAGACAAUCCAGAGAGGUUCACGGGAUAUGCAGGAGAGGGCAGCAAGCAGGUUUGGGAUGCCAUUUACAGAGAGAAUUGCUUUUCGAAGUCAUCGUUCCCUAAGUCAGCGGCUCUUGGCACUUCAUCGUUUCCUGAGAAAGGUCCCGCAAUUAGCGAGCUACAAUCUGUUAUGAGAGAACGGGGUUUGCAACAAGCGCUCGAGGAGCACCAAAAGCAUACGCCAAAUACACCUUUCGUAACGGAAUCUGGUCUUGAGCAUGAGGAUCAAUGCUUAGAGAAACGGGUCUUCUACAGAGUUGUUUCUGGUAUGCAUACCUCCAUCAGUACCCAUAUCUGCUGGGAGUAUCUCAAUCAGACAACUGGAGCUUGGGGACCAAACUUGCAAUGCUACAAAGACAGAUUGCAUGGAUAUCCAGACAGAGUGUCCAACCUCUACUUCAAUUAUGCUUUGGUUCUCCGCGCAGUCACCAAACUUGGGCCUUACUUGAAGGACUACACCUUCUGCUCUGGCGAUCCAAUUCAAGAUCGUGAAACCAAGGCUAAAGUACAAGCUCUCACAUCAAGAGCGGGUACAGUGCCACAGAUCUUUGACGAGAGCCUCAUGUUCGUCAAUGGCGAGGGCCCAAGCUUGAAGGAAGACUUUCGUAACAGAUUCAGAAAUGUUAGCCGAAUCAUGGACUGCGUUGGCUGUGACAAGUGUCGGCUAUGGGGCAAGCUGCAAACUGCUGGCUACGGAGCAGCUUUGAAAGUCCUCUUCGAAUUCGAGAAUAAUUCUGAUGAUAUUCCCAUGCUCAAGAGAACAGAGCUGGUGGCACUUUUUAACACACUUGCUCGGAUCUCUAAUUCCCUUGGAGCGAUCGCCGAGUUCAGGAGUAUGGUGGAAGCUGAAGAGUCUCUAGAAGCAGAGAAGAUCAUCUCUGAUCGAGUCAUAAAACCUCACCACGUUAUACCUGGAAAGGAGUAUAAAGAUCCUACUGAGGCCGACUAUGUGGCUCACGAGAGUGAACCGUUCAAGCGCCAGAGGCUUGCCGCUAACGCCACGGUCUCGGAAGCCUUCUAUGCCGAAUUGGACCUAAUAUGGAGAGUGUCCAAGUUCGUGGUCAAAAGCUGGAUCAACUUCCCAUUUCGAGCUUGGCAGAUCUUCACCCUGGAGGCUUCGAGGGCUUGGAAUAACUACAUUGGUCUACCCGUCCGGCCAAGGGCAUGGAAAAUUCGGCGGCCUACAGUGGAUGAACUUUGA